UCUGUUUGGUAAUUUGAUUUACUGUUCGUUUUCUAUUUACAAGAUCAUUGCUCUGAGAAGUUGAUGUUCCGGCCAGAAAUAACGUAACUAUACCACUGUUUUUCGACAGCUAUAGUGUUUCUGAAAAUUACAGUCAGUCUUAUUUUAUUCUUCAAUGGCGUUCCGAACGAAACUUUUGGCUCUUGUAGAUGUCAUUUUACGCGUACCUCCGCUUUUUAUCAUGGAUGAGUUGUUAAGAAUUGGACUUGGUCUUCCUCAAGGUGACAGUAACUAUUAUAACUCAACAUUUGAAGUAGGUGAUGCAGAUGCCAGCAUAAUAGAAGGAGGUCUGCCACCUACUAUUCCUGAUUAUACAAACACAGGUGUCCAAUAUAAGGUGCUUGUAGCUACAGUUUUCAAAUUCAUCCUCUCAUGUUUGGGAAUUUUCACAGCCAUGUGUGUGUUUAUGCUAUGGACCAAACACCUAGUCAUUCUGUAUAUGUAUCUGACAUCUGUUGGGAUCGUCUUUGUAUCAUACUGGGCAAACGUAAGCACGAUGAAGACUGUGAUUGUAGCCAUGACAGCCAAUGAAACUGCAAGUGGUACUGGAACCCAAGUUUAUACCAGCAUAUUAGAAGACCUUCUCUCGUUAAACAUAGCAAGACUUCUGGAUCCAAAUGGAUACAGUUUUAUUGUGAUUCAAAAUUAUGCAUUACAGUGCAUGCUAGCAUUUAUCUUCACCUGUGUACAUCUAGGGCCCCGUUACCCUGUUGUCCAAAAAUUGCUUCCUGUCAGCUUCAUGGCUCCGUCCAUCUUAGCCGUCCUACCGUUGCCUGUCUCCAUCCUACACCAUACACCUGUGUUUGCAGCAUUGCUUCCAUUAGCACAUGUCAAGUUCGUUCUGUGGUACAGUGCCUUCGCUGUUGUUCAGACUGUAUAUGGUGGUUAUCAACAUGCACACAAUCUUAUAAGUAACUUUGGCCUGUCAGCAUUACUUGAAACCGAAUGGCUUCGUCUUAAUGUGCCCACAGUGCUGCGUACAUUCUGGCUUCUUCGUGUAGCAGAACACGCAGCAUCAUUGCUGUCAAAUUACGUGAGUGUUUCAGAGGGAGAGCAAGCCCGUCACAACCUGCUGCUCUUCACAACUGUGUUUAAUAUGACCAAGAGCCUGUUGGUGAGUGGGUGCGAGACCUUAACAGCUGUUCUUGGAAUGACCAGCAUUGUGUCUUACGUAUGUCACUAUGUUGGCUGCUUUUUCCAGUGGAUCCUUCUUACAGAGGAUGAUGAUGACAAAAGCAUUGGAACGGUGUCAGCCAUCCUGUUUUACAUCUUAGCUCUGCAGACAGGUCUUACCGGACUUGAUCCAGAAAAACGUUUCAUUCGCUUGUGCCGCAACUUCUGUUUGCUGUUCACAGCCCUUCUUCACUUUGUGCACAAUAUUGUGAAUCCCUUGCUUAUGUCUCUUAGUGCCUCACACAACCCUUCCUUGCAUCGACACAUCCGUGCUUUGGCAGUGUGUACUUUCCUCAUCCUGUUCCCAGCAUCACUGCUGGCCUACCUGUGGUCUCAACAUGCCACCAGCACCUGGCUCCUAGCUGUGUCUGCAUUCAGCAUUGAAGUCAUCGUUAAGGUCGUGGUGUCUCUCAUGAUCUACUCCCUCUUUCUGGUGGAUGCUUAUCGGAGCUCCUUCUGGGAGAAGCUGGAUGAUUACGUAUAUUACAUACGGGCAUUUGGUAACACUGUAGAAUUCUGUUUCGGCAUUUUUCUCUUUUUUAAUGGUGCGUGGAUCUUGAUCUUUGAGUCUGGAGGGGCAAUAAGAGCAGUCAUGAUGUGUAUCCAUGCUUACUUCAACAUCUGGUGUGAGGCACGGGCUGGAUGGAGUGUGUUUAUGAAGCGCCGUACAGCAGUCAACAAGAUUAAUUCCCUCCCUGAAGCCAACACUGAACAACUCCAUCGCCUCGAUGAUGUCUGUGCCAUCUGCUACCAGGAAAUGAAAAAUGCUAAGAUCACUCGCUGCAAUCACUUCUUCCAUGGUGUUUGCCUCCGGAAGUGGCUGUAUGUGCAGGACCGCUGUCCCCUUUGUCAUGACAUUCUUUACAAAGUUGAGGUGGAGACUCCUAAGGAGGGUUCCAGCAGUGAUAACAUGGUAGAUUCCAGUAAUAAUGACGCCAUAAACCUUGAAAUAGGAGGUAACAGAGACGAAACAGAGGAACUCUUAUCACAAAGUAGUAGUAGUAAUAGUAGCAGUAGUAAUAGUCAAGAAUCUACUGAGCAACAGUCUACUAAUGUGGCCAGAUGAAACAAAGGAACUUUAACUAGACCUGUGAAAUAGACAUAUUAUUGGAUAGGUCUCAGUGGUUUAGGAGGCAAAAACGGUAAGAACUAUAAAAACUUCACAGAAAGUGAUUAAGUGGUGAUAAAGGAUCCAGAAUUUGUUGUCAGAUAAAUAUUAGAGUCAUGUAGUGAAUUAGCUUUACCAACACAAACCUCAUCAUAGUUUCUUUGAGACUCAUAUACUGGUGAAAGCAAAUAAUUUCAUUAAGAAGAAAAUUGGAUUUCCUGCUCCGUGUAAUGGUUUUACUGCUGCAUACGAGUAAGUAUAUGACUGUGUAAUAAGUGCCCAAAGCACAAUAAAAUGCAUAAUUAUGUGUGAA